UGACCAACCAGGCGACUGAGAAGCUUGUUCGAAAUGUCCGUUCCACCUUAAAUGGCACCAACCGCUGCUACAUUUAAGGUGGAACGGAAAGUUCGAACCAGAAGUCGGCGAGAACGAAGCUAAGCAGGCAAACAGGAAGUUCACUCCGAGUUCUCCAUCGAAAUAUCUCUGCUAACACUUGCUUCACGUCCUGAACCGCAUAACUACCAUAAUAAACAAUCCAUGCCCGCUGUGCCCAGGCCCUGUAUCCGCGCUGAGGGACUCGGUCCCGGGCUUUGAUCCUCCGCCGCGGCCGCGCAGCCCCGCUCUGUCCGUGUGAGUCCCGCUUUGUGUGCGUGUGUGUGUGUACGCGUGUCCAGCAUGGCGGCGCGCACCCUCAGCAAGGACGACGUGAACUACAGGAUGCAUUUCCGCAUGAUCAACGAGCAGCAAGUGGAGGACAUCACCAUCGAGUUCUUCUACAAACCCCACACCAUCACCCUGCUGACCUGCACCCUGCUCAGCCUCAUGUACUUCGCCUUCGCCCGAGACGACAGUCAUCAGGACAGCAAUCUCCGCGUGGGAAUUAUAGUGGUCAUCUCCUUUUUCUUGGUCAUCAGUGUGCUGGCCUUCCCCAACGGUCCAUUCACGAGACCACAUCCCGCGAUAUGGAGAAUAGUGUUCGGUCUGAGCGUGCUCUACUUCUUGUUCCUGGUCUUCAUCAUCUUCCUGAACUGGGAGCAGGUGAAGGCCCUGAUGUACUGGCUGGACCCAAACCUCCGCUACGCCAAGCGCGAGGCCGACAUCAUGGAGUACGCAGUGAACUGCCACGUGAUCACCUGGGAGCGAAUCCUCAGCCAUUUUGAUAUCUUUGCGUUCAGUCAUUUCUGGGGCUGGGGCAUGAAGGCGCUGUUGAUCCGGAGCUACGGACUCUGCUGGACCAUCAGCAUCACCUGGGAGCUUACUGAGCUCUUCUUCAUGCACCUCCUGCCGAACUUUGCGGAGUGCUGGUGGGAUCAGGUGAUUCUGGACAUCCUGCUGUGUAAUGGUGGAGGGAUCUGGCUGGGAAUGACCGUCUGCCGCUUUCUGGAGAUGCGCACCUACCACUGGGCCAGCAUCAAGGAUAUCCACUCCACCACGGGGAAGAUAAAGCGUGCUGUCCUGCAGUUUACUCCAGCCAGCUGGACCUACGUGCGCUGGUUUGACCCCAAAUCCUCCUUCCAGAGACUGACUGGAGUUUACCUCUUCAUGAUCGUCUGGCAGCUAACGGAGCUCAACACCUUCUUCCUGAAGCACAUAUUUGUUUUCCCAGCAUGCCACGCUCUCAGCUGGUGCCGCAUUCUCUUCAUCGGCAUCAUCACUGCGCCCACCGUGAGGCAAUAUUAUGCAUAUCUAACAGACACGCAGUGCAAACGGGUCGGGACGCAGUGCUGGGUGUUUGGGGCCAUCGCUUUUCUCGAGGCGUUAGCUUGCAUCAAGUUUGGUCAGGAUCUUUUCUCCAAGACGCAGAUCCUCUACGUGAUCCUGUGGCUCCUGUGUGUGGCCUUCAUUACGUUCCUCUGCCUGUACGGGAUGGUGUGGUACGCUGAGACCUACGGACCCAGAGAGAAGAGUCUUUCGGAGUGCGAGGACAGCAUUUACGCCGAGAGCGGAGACAACGAGUGUGUGAAAGGAGACUUUGAGACAGACUCCACGGCUUCCGCCACCAGGAGGAGAGGGAGAAGCUCCGGAAAAAGCAACUCCGUCAACGGAGUGGAAAAAUAAAACAGGACCAUUCCGCAGACGCUGAUGCAGAACUGAUACACCGUAGGAGAAAGAGAAGAAGAGGAGCAGGAGAGCGUUUGACCCUUCCAGAUGAUGGAGGGAAUACAUCAGGACGGGGCGCGUCUCUUUCGUCUGAGGUUUUUUAUUAGGAGCAUUUCAGUAGCGUUUGUGGCUGGCACUGCCACCGGGCGGCGCUGAAGGUUUGAUGAUGAUGAUGAUGUGGUGAGCAGCUUUCAGAGUGCACACUGAAUUAAGCCACAUUAAUCUCCCGUAUUGCAGUAUUUGUUAUAGUGUUUUCUGUGUUGAAUGACUGACUGUUUUGUGUUUUAUGACCACGCAACUAAGGUUUUGUCCAUUUUGUCCACUUCAGCUAUUUGUAUAUCACAUUUCUUCAAUUCAUUCGCUCGUGACGUUAACUGGAAGCAAAGCAUUUGAGUGGGCGCACAUUCAUGUUACAUCACAUCUUUAAGGAAUAGUUCAGUGAAAAAUCAGAUUUACACAGUUUUCCCUUCUUACUUCAGAUUUUGUUGCUGUGUUUUGGUUCUUGUUUAGUUUUAGCACUGGAGCUGUGAGGAUAACGUAGCUAACAUGCUAUUUGCAUACCGAAAUAAUCACUCGCUGCCCUUAAACCAUGUGGAGUUGUUUAAUGAUCUCUAAUAGACUUAAUUCUGUGAUUUCUGACACUGCAUGACUCACUAUUGUCUAUAAACAUGGACUAAACUGCACUAGCAUGGCUGAACAGUAGGAGCACCCUGAGUUUUGUCCAUAAAACAUAAAAAUUUUGGUCUGAGCCCGAGCCACAGCAUUCCGAACCGGAAUUGUGGCCAACAAAUUUCUGUAAGAACCUGACACGAUCCAGGUCAUGAAGUUUUUAGUCCGAAACUG